AUGGGUAGGAGGAAGAGAUCACAAUCAGAAAUCAAGGCAGGUACUGCAAAGAAACGGAAGCAAGAGGAUGCUUUGUUAGAACAAGGUGGUUUUGGAUCCGCUGGUAGCGAUAUCUCGAAUGAUGAUGAUAUGUAUGAGGAUGCUGUCUCUAAACCGUCAGAUGAUGAUGAUUCAUGGGACAAUUUAGAGCAAGAUUAUGAGAAAAGAUCAAGAAAUCUUAAACAUCAAGAGGAUAACAUGGUGGAAGGUUUACCUAUCAAGAUAAACGGUAAAAUUGAGAGGAAAAUGAUCAGACAGCAACCAAAAAAGAACGAAUCUAAGGAUACUUCUGAUCAAUCUGAACAGGAUGAGGAUGCAUCUGAACGGGAAUCUGAAUCUAAGGGAGAAAAAGAGGAAGAAGAUGAGGAAGACGAUGAAAAUGAACAAGUGCCUGAUACAGAGGAAAAAAUUGUUCAGUUGAAAGAAGAAAUAGCGGACCUUGUAGAAAAGAUAUUAGAAGAGCCAGAGGAAAAUGUUCCAGCACUUUCGAGGCUUUGUAGAAUGGUGAAAUCUAAGAAUCCGAAUACUUGUAAGUUUUCCAUGUUAGCGCUUGUCCCCGUUUUUAAGAGUAUUAUCCCGGGUUAUAGGAUUAGGCCUCUAACUGAAUUAGAAAAAAGGGAGAGAGUCAGUAAAGAGGUCGGAAGGUUAAGACAUUUUGAACAAUCUUUAGUGGGAAUCUACAAAAAUUAUGUCGAUAUUUUGAAAGAAUUGAGUAAGGUACCUAAUAAUGAUGAUCCUUUAAAAGUUCAAAUAGGUGCUUUGGCAACUCAAGCUGCGAACGAAUUAAUAUCUAAUGCAUCCCAUUUCAAUUUUAGAACUGAAAUGUUCACUUUGAUCAUUAGACGUAUUUGUAAACCCAAUUUGAGAGCAGAUUCGAUGUCUGAAAGAUCUAUCAAAACUUUGGAAAGUCUUUUAAAUGAUGAUGAAGAUGGUAUUAUUUCUCUAGAGAUUGUAAGAAUACUUUGCAAAACAGCAAAGACAAGAAAAUAUAAUGUGGAGGAAUCUGUGAUAAAUAUCUUACUCUCACUCGAUGUUCUGUCUGAUUACGAUCCUAAUACUAGAGAAGAAAAUGAGCAAGAGAAGAUUAGAAUGAAGAAAAAGGACAGAGUUCAUCUUUCUAAAAAGCAGAGAAAAUCUAGAAAAGAGAUGAAGCAAAUUGAGGAAGAGAUGCGGAAGGCCGAACAGUCAGUAACCGUUGAAGAAAGGGAGAGAAAUCAAGCAGAGAUUUUGAAACAAGUUUUCUCUUUGUAUUUGAACAUUUUGAAAGUCCAAAAUCCUAAGCUUGUAGGAGCUGUUCUGGAAGGUCUAGUUAAAUUCGGUAGUAUGGCUAAUUUUGAAUUAUUAGGGGAUUUUCUGGAGGUUAUGAAAGAACUUAUCAAAGAUGCUGAUUUGAAUAAUAUUUCUUCUUCAGAAGUGAGAAAAGUUCUUUUAUGCAUCGUGAGUUCGUUUUCGAUCGUUUCAAAUCAUAGUCAAAUGAAAUUCAAUGUUGAUUUGUCCUCUUUUGUGGACGCUCUUUAUGCUCUAUUGCCCUCCAUAUCGUUAGAUGCUAAUAUUGAACUUUCUCAUAAAUCAAUGAGACUAGCAGAUCCUCUCGGUAGUGAGAUUUUUAAGCCAUCAGUAAACGUAUCCACCAAGGCUGAACUUCUUCUAAAGGCUCUAGAUUACAUUUUCUUUAGAUCUAAAUCAGGGACCAAACAAAGAGCAGCUGCAUUUACCAAGCGAAUUUACAUGAGCAUGGACCAUACUCCUGAAAAAACUUCUAUUGCAUUGUUGAAAUUUUUGGAUAAAUUAAUGAAUAAGUAUCCAGAAAUUGGCGGUUUGUAUUCAACCGAAGACAGGAUAGGUAACGGUAACUUUAUUAUGGAAGCUGAUACGCCCGCUCUUUGUAACCCGGAGAGUGCGACCCUAUGGGAAAAUAGCCUUCUAGUUAAUCAUUAUUGCCCUACUGUUGUCAAGGGGAUUCGUUUUCUUGGAACAAGAUCUAAGGAAAGCCAAUAG